CAUUAUUAUUCAUUCACGGACACAUUUUCUCUAUAAUUUUCCAUUCUCUUCUUCCUUCAACUUCUCUAUAAAAAACCCUCUCAAAUAAUUCGCAAAACAACUCAAAAAGAAAAGAGAUCAGAGAGAGAAAUAUUAAUAUGGAUAAAGCUAUGAAAGUUGUGGCUUUAGCAUUGGUGUUGAUGGUUGUUAAUAAUAUCGGUUUUGGUGAAGCUCAAUCCAUUUGCAACAUGCCAAUUGCAGGUUUGUAUGCGUGUCGACCGGCGGUUACGCCUCCGAACCCGACAGCGCCGACCGCCCAAUGCUGCAUGGCACUUGGGCAGGCCGACUUGCACUGCUUUUGCGCGUACCGGAACUCGGGAGCUCUUUCUUCUUUUGGCAUUGACCCUAAUCUUGCAAUGCAGCUACCUAAGCGUUGCAACAUUUCUAAGUCUCCAAAUUGCUAGAGGAAGUGUGUGUUCAAUUGUUGAAGUGUUCUAUGGUCGUGAUUGAUCGAUAAGUUAAAGCUUAUAGUUAUGUAUUGUUGUAAAAGGAUAUGUGUGUCUCUUUCCUUUAAACUUUGAACCAUGGUUUAGUGUUGGAUUAGUAGUAUUGUUUUGUAUCUCAGCUUUCCUAUUAUUUACUAGUUUUUAUGCUCCAUAUUUGAGUAAAUGUCUGGUUGAUUUUGUGGUA